AUGCUGAUGAAGGUUGUUUCCAGUCGACUUUCUCCGGCGAUUCUCCCAAUUAGUUUAUCAUUUUCGCGGUUGCUUUCAGUCAAGUACUCCCCUCAGAGACUCACCCUUUUCUUUUCCAUCUCAUCUCGUGCAUCUUCUGCCUCCGUUGAGUCCAAGUCACGUGUACGCGUGGUUUCUGUUGUAGAGAAAGACACGAAGAACAUUCUAGCUUGUCCCAUAUGCUAUAACUCCUUAGCAGCAUUGAAUAUUCAUCCUCAUGGAUCAGUAGAAGCUCCUGCCUAUGGUACUGAGUUACAUUGCAGAACGUGUAAAAAGAGUUACUCAGCUAAUGAGACGCAUCUUGAUUUAGCUGUGUCCAGUGGAAUUAAGCAUUACACUGAACCACUGCCUCUUUCAAUCGAGUUGUUCAGGAAUCCGUUAGUAUCCUUCCUUUACGAGAGAGGUUGGCGUCAGAAUUUCAUGUGGGGUGGUUUUCCAGGACCAGAGAAAGAGUUCGAAAUGGCUAAGGAAUACUUGAAUAAUGUUUUGGGAGGCAAUAUCAUUGAUGCUAGUUGCGGAAGCGGCAUGUUCUCAAGAUUAUUUGCUAAGAGUGAGCAUUUUGCUAUGGUGUUCGCCCUUGACUACUCGGAGAAUAUGCUGCGACAGUGUUACGAGUUCUUGAAACAAGAAGCUAGCUUAACUAUCAAAAAGAAACUUGUUUUGGCACGUGCAGACAUAGCUAGACUUCCGUUUCUUUCUGGUUCAGUUGAUGCUGUCCAUGCUGGUGCUGCGUUGCAUUGCUGGCCUUCACCAUCUUCAGCCGUUGCUGAGAUAAGCCGUGUUCUUAGACCUGGAGGAGUAUUUGUUGCCACCACGUUCAUUUAUGAUGGCCUUUUCCGUUUUGUCCCGUUCUUGAAAGAUAUUCGCCAGGAAGUAAUGAGAUACUCAGGUUCUCACAUGUUUUUGUGUGAACGUGAGCUUGAAGAUCUUUGCAAAUCAUGUGGACUUGUUGGUUUCACUUGUGUUAGAAACGGGCUAUUUAUAAUGCUAUCCGCCACAAAACCUAGCAAGAUAAUCGCACCCUCAUAUAAAGAGCUAUAG